CCCAAAAUUACCCUCAGCGCCCCGGCCUUUAAAUACCUCUCCUCACACAGGGCCUCCUCCAAUCUCGACAAAGCCAGAACCCGAAAAAGAGAAGACAAAGUGAGAGAGAGAGGGAGAGGAAGAAGAAGAGUCUGACAGAAUCGCAAGACACUAUCUUUGGACUCUAAUCUGUGGCACAAUUGCUGAUGAUCUACUUCCUGAGACGUCUCUCCUGCUUCCUAUUUAGAUUUUGAACUUAUGUUGACAAUUGUAUAUCAUGGGACAAUUUUGAUUUGAACUAUUCCAUUUUUUACCUUUGUAUGUGACGCGACAUUCCAGUGGUUCUAUCAUUUAUUGCAGCUUCUGAACUUUGUUGGUGAUAUAAUACUUGAAUAUGAUCAUAAAUCAUAUAUAAUUUCAGAACUGCAUAGUUCUUCCAUUUCUGUAACAUCAUUGUACAGGAAUUGGUAGUUGUGGUUCCAUUUGUGGGAAGGAGACAGACAUAUGCCAUAAACUCAUCGAAUUUUGACCAUCUGGAAUAUUGGAAAUUCUGGUUGUUUCUUAUCUAUGGAGAGCUUAGCCCACUUGGAAGCCUUGUGUGAGGUGCUUUAUAUGUCUCAGGAUUCAGCUGAGCGAGCACAUGCAGAGAGCACCUUGAAAUGCUUUUCUGUGAACCCUGAUUAUAUUACUCAGUGCCAAUAUAUUUUGGACAAUGCUUUGACUCCUUAUGCUUUGAUGUUGGCCAGUUCAAGCUUAUUGAAGCAAGUCAUGGAGCAAAGUCUCUCCCUGCAGUUGCGACUUGAUAUCCGGAAUUAUGUGGUAAACUAUCUAGCUAGCAGAGGACCUGAAUUGCAGAACUUUGUAGUUGGAUCGAUGAUACAAUUGUUGUGUCGGAUAACAAAAUUUGGAUGGCUUGAUGACGACAGAUUUAGAGAUAUCGUCAAUGAAGCAACAAACUUCUUGAGUCAGGCUUCCUCGGGCCACUAUUCAAUUGGUUUGAAGAUACUAAACCAACUUGUCUCUGAGAUGAAUCAGCCAAACCAAGGGAUAUCUUUAACAGUACAUCGAAAGGUGGCCUGCUCUUUUAGGGACCAAUCACUUUUCCAGAUAUUUCAAAUUUCUUUAACUUCUCUACUUCAACUAAAGAGUGACGAAAAUAUGCAAGUCUCUGUCCUGAGGCAACUCACUCUUUCACUUUCCUUGAAGUGCUUGUCUUUUGACUUUGUUGGAACUUCAGUAGAUGAAAGCUCUGAAGAGUUUGGUACUGUUCAGAUUCCAUCGUCCUGGAAAUCUGUGUUGCAAGAUCCCUCCACGCUCCAAAUUUUCUUUGAUUAUUAUAACAUCACCGAACCACCACUAUCGAAAGAGGCUUUGGAGUGUUUAGUCAGGCUUGCCUCGGUUAGACGGUCAUUAUUUACUGAUGAUCCUGCACGAUCCCAAUUCCUAUCGAAUCUUAUGAGAGGGACAAAAGAGAUACUACAAACAGGCCAAGGCCUUGCUGAUCAUGAAAACUACCAUGAAUUUUGUCGUCUCCUUGGCCGUUUCAAAGUCAACUACCAGUUGUCAGAGCUUUUGAGCGUGGAGAUUUAUACUGACUGGAUUCGCUUGGUAGCAGAAUUUACAGCAAAAUCAUUGCACUCGUGGCAGUGGGCCAGCAACAGUGUGUAUUAUCUGCUGGGGCUUUGGUCAAGACUUGUGACUUCUGUGCCUUACUUGAAGGGUGAUACACCAAGUUUGCUUGAUGAAACUGUCCCUAAAAUCACAGAAGAUUUUAUCAGCUCUAGAUUCAGUUCUGUUCAGGAUGGAUUUACGGAUGAUCUCUCAGACAACCCAUUGGACAAUGUUGAACUUCUUCAAGAUCAACUUGAGUGCUUUCCUUAUCUUUGCAGAUUCCAGUAUGAAAAGAGUAGUGUCUACAUUAUCAAGAUUAUGGAACCUAUUCUGCAGGCCUAUACGGAUUGGGCAAGAUUACCAGCUCACAGAGAUGUAGAUGAACUUUCUGUCAUUGAAGGACAGAUUACAUGGAUAGUUCAUAUUAUUGCUGCUAUUCUGAAAGUUAGACAGUCUGUUGGCUGUAGCACAGAGUCUCAGGAGUUAAUUGAUGCAGAGCUUGCUGCACGUGUCCUGCAGUUAAUUAAUCUUACAGACAGUGGAUUGCAUUCCCAGAGAUAUGGAGAAUUAAGCAAGCAAAGACUUGAUCGUGCCAUUCUCACCUUUUUCCAAAAUUUUCGAAGAUCAUAUGUUGGUGAUCUAGCUAUGCAUUCAUCUAAGCAGUUAUAUUCAAGACUACAAGAACUUCUUGGCAUCCAAGAUCAUCUAAUUUUGCUCAAUAUUAUUGUUGGAAAAGUAGCUACCAAUCUCAAGUGCUACACAGAGUGUGAGGAGGUUAUUAGUCAUACUUUAACUCUUUUUUUGGAGCUUGCAUCUGGAUAUAUGACUGGAAAGCUAUUGCUUAAAUUGGAUUCUAUAAAGUUCAUCAUUGCACAUCACACAAGAGACAACUUCCCCUUCUUGGAAGAUAAUAGAUGUUCUCGUAGCAGAACAACCUUCUAUUAUACUCUUGGUUACUUGAUUUUUAUGGAAGAUAGUCCUGUAAAAUUUAAGUCUUCUAUGGAGCCAAUUUUGCAAGUUAUCAUUGGACUCGAAGCAACCUCUGAUGCUGCAUUUCGCUCUGAUGCUGUUAAAUAUGCAUUUAUUGGUUUAAUGAGGGAUUUAAGAGGAAUAGCAAUGGCUACGAAUAGUCGACGAACUUAUGGGCUUCUUUUUGAUUGGUUAUAUCCAACACACAUGCCGCUUCUCUUGAAAGCCAUCUCACAUUGGGCAGACACACCACUGGUUACUACACCAUUGCUCAAGUUUAUGGCAGAGUUUGUUCUAAAUAAAGCUCAACGUUUAACUUUUGACUCAUCAUCAGCUAAUGGCAUUCUUCUAUUCCGUGAAGUUAGCAAGUUGGUUGUUGCUUAUGGUUCACGAAUUUUAUCUUGUCCAAUUAACACGGAUGUAUAUGCUAACAAGUACAAAGGAAUUUGGAUAUCUCUAACAAUUCUCUCAAGGGCAAUGACUGGAAAUUAUGUUAACUUUGGCGUGUUUGAGCUAUAUGGUGACCCGGCAUUGGCAGAUGUCCUUGACAUCUCUCUUAAGAUGAUUUUAUCAAUUUCAUUGUCUGAUAUUUUGGCCUACCAAAAGCUUACAAAGGCCUACUUCGCAUAUAUGGAGGUUCUGUUCAGCAACCAUCUUUCUUUUAUUUUGACUCUCGAUACAAGCACAUUUAUGCAUAUUGUUGCAACACUUGAAUCUGGCUUGAAAGGUUUGGAUGCUGGCAUCUCAUCUCAGUGUGCAUCAGCUAUUGAUAAUCUGGCUUCCUUUUAUUUCAACAACAUCACAGCUGGUGAAAUGCCUCCUUCACCAGCUGCGAUGAAUCUUGCUCGAUAUGUUGCUGAGUGCCCCAAUCUAUUUGCCGAGAUACUUAAAACGCUGUUUGAGAUUGUCCUGUUUGAAGAAUGUGGCAAUCAAUGGAGUCUUAGCAGGCCAAUGCUGAGCUUAAUUUUAAUAAGUGAACAGGUAUUCAAUGAUUUGAAAGUACAGAUUUUGGCUUCUCAGUCUUCGGAUCAAGUAGAGCGCCUUUCGCAAUGCUUUGAUAAGCUGAUGGCUGAUGUCACAAGAAGUCUGGAAUCAAAGAACAGGGAUAAAUUUACCCAAAAUCUGACAAUAUUUAGGCAUGAGUUCCGUGUCAAGUAAUUAAUUGCUCCCUGUGCAGACUGCAGUCAUGAUAGGAUAUCACUACCAUGGCUAUAGCUAGUUUUUUUAUGCCGGACCAGGUCAGGGGUAUGAUUAUCAAGGAGUACUUUUUUUGUGCAUGUUGUAUGAAAGAAUGAUAUAUGUGGAAUAUCACUCUAGUUCCUUUGUUGCCCUUUGUGCGGGGAUGGUAGGAAGUGGGGAUUGCUAACUGGAUAGUUCAUACAUCAUAACUUGGGUGUUGCUGCAAAUGGGAUGGCAAGUUGGAGAUGCGUCCCAAGGUUAUAAUUCUUUUGUUUGAUUAGAAAAAAGGGAAAGGUGAAGAAAAUAGGUAGUUUGUGGAUUUGUAACUGGAGUGACUUUGUAUAAUACUGUUUCAUUAAGUUUGAUAAUUUUGUUGCUCA